CCGGCCGACGGCGCCGCAGCUGCAGGCGCUGCUGGACAAGCUGCUGGCGCUGCUGCACCCGCACCACUUCCACGUGUUCGCGGUGCUGCACUCGCUGCUGCAGCUGCUGGGCGACGGCCUCCCCGAGGACCGCCUGCGCUGGAAGGCGGAGCGCUGCCGGGAUCUGCUGGGCGUGUGCCGGGCGCUGGACCCUGCCGGCGCGCGCCUCUCGCUCUACUCCGCCGUGCUGCAGCUGGAGCUGGCCAGGGCCACCAGGGAGCUGGGUGCAAG